GACUUCCAACAUCGUUCUUCUCCCUUCUGUACCUCACGCACGAUGGCCAACGAUCAGAAGCAGCGCCAGUUCGCCUGGGGCAUCCUGCUCGUGCUGCUUCCUGCGGCGGCGAUGGGCGCCGAGGAGCCCCAGGCCUGCACCCAGAUGCGAGGCGAGUGCCGGCUGAAGACUCAGCAGCAGCGGUUAGGCGAGGACCUCUUCACGCAUCUUAAUGUGUCUUGUUACUGCAAGCACGAAGAGGAUGUAUUCGAAGACCUGCAGGACUUGCUUUCGGUCAGAUGUUCCUGGUUGCCAUCACAACCGCAUCUGAAGGUCAACAGCUCGACAAUCCAUGUUGUUGGAUGCAGUGUUAAGUCACAAAUGUUUCCUCUGGGGAUCCUGCAACUGGCACGUCGCACUGACAACUUAGAGAUCAUAGUAAAGGAUUCCCCAAAAUUACGACUGGCUCCCGUGUCGGCAGCUGAAAACACAGUACCCAAAAUUUCUGCAAGUUUCGUUAAUAGCAACCUCAGCGGCCUCCCCGAGGGUUGGGUCACAGGCGGGAAAGAGGUCGAACUCGUGAUGAAGGACUGCGUAGUGUCAGUCAUUGAGUCGCGAGCCCUGGCUGGGUACGACGAAGACGCCCAAGUUCAGGCCACGUUCGUUAAUACUAAUAUUUUAACCGUGCAGAUGGUGGCCUUUGAGCUUCCCAAGAACAGUUUCAUGAGGCUGGAAAGCGGCCAGAUCCUGAACUGGAAACGCUCGGGAUACACCGGAGGCUCUGAGCUGCACCUGGAAAGAGUUCGCCUGGGAAAAGUCCUCACCAAUGCCUUCGACAUCGGCAGCCUCAGCGCCUUUACCAUGUCUGACUGUAGAGUGGCCGCCUUAUAUGACGAGGCUCUGGCCUACCGUGGCGCUUUGGAUGGGUAAGACACCUUUGCAUUAGGC